AAAUUUUAAAAAAAGAGGGCUUGGCAGAAAGGUUUCUAGCUUUACCUGUUAGCUAAACCAGGCCUUCAUGAAGGUUAGACUUGGGACAAGUGUAGCAGCAGUUUCGUCUCCUUCGGGUGUUUAGAACAAACCACAGAUCUCGCCAAGUUUAUGAGUCCGUUGGGAGCCAUCGCUGUAACAAAGUACCCAUAGCCUUAAUUGUGGCAUUGGCUUUGGAGGCUCCUGGAAGAGAACGGCCUUGGCGGCUGAGACUGCUCCCUGCUCUCCCACCCAGGUCUGGACUUACCAGUGGGAAAGCGGAGUCUGGACUGCAUUUGGCGUAUUACACAGGUGAAAACAGUGCUCUCUGGUUAAAGAUUCUGAAGGUCUGUGGUUUGCCCUAGCAUGCGACCGUCAUUGGGGGUAAUGAGUUGUAAAAGUGCAGAUCCCCGAACUUGGGCUGCUUCAAAUCAGCCUGACCUGAUCUCACGGAUUGGUUCAAAGAGCAGUUUGGGCAGAGAAUGAGCCACAGGUGGGUGGAGACCCAUUUCCUCAGUCCUUAUUGGUGGCUCUGAGACCUGGAGCUGGUUUUCUUGGCCAGUUAGUCUGGCCUGGAGCAGCCUGGAGCAGCCUCUGCCUCACAGAUGUCUGUUCGCCAGGUAGAGCUGGGACAAGCCACUCUUGGGGGGCCUCCUUGUCUUGGCCUUCUAGAUUCCGGGGCCGAAGGCCUGUCUCACGGAAACGUGAAGAGAAACUUCCCUUCCGAAAAGUAGUAGCUGGCUGGAGUUUUCUCACUUUCUGAUUUUUAUCUUAUUACCCCUGUAUGUUAGUCUUCCUGUCUUUUUCAUUCAACUCUUCUACGAAGUAAUGUCAUGGUUAACUUCUGAGUAGAAUAUUGAAUUGAUACAUCCCAUUAAAAGCAAUUAGGUCAUUAGUGUAUAGCUGACACUUAAAAACAGGCCCGUGCCUCCUUUGCAGAUUUCUCAGGAAAGUACUUUGGCUGUCCUGGAGCAGCAGGUGGCUAUUGAAUGCAGUGAGAAAUAUGCUUUAGAGAAGCAGAAGUGGCUACUGUGCGAAGAAGGGAUACACAGAAUUAUCUUAGGAUGUUUCUUGACAGCUCUUCUUGCCAUGUAUUAUUUAAGUAGUUAACAAUGCCCUGUAAUCAACAGAAAUGUGGGUACAAUAACUUUUUCUUUAGUUGAGGGAAACAAAUUCUUUUGAAUACUAUUCAGAGUACCCAUAAUUACCAUUAAAUGAGGUGGAAGGGAGGAAAGCAAACUCCAGUGUUGGUGGAUACUGUGACCUUAUGACCCUCAGCAUGCCGGGAUAUGUUGUAUGUUGAGUUAGGGUGUGAAGAAGAAAUAGUUAAAUGGAUAUGAUCAUAAUAAACCAGGAUUUUUUUUUUCUUUUUUACCUUAGGGGUAAACAAGCUAUAGCGAUUUUCCUCUUAAAGUUUUUGAUAGAGUCACCCUUGGCAUAUGAACUAAAAGAGCCAUUGUAAAGUUUGGUACAUCUGACUUGUAUCGGAGUCCUUUAAGACCAGUGUGUCUCCAUUUUUUUUUUUUUCUCCCUUCUGUGGAAUGUAAAGACUUUCUUCCUUGCUGGGUUUUUGUAAGGACUAACUUAAAUACUGUUUAUAAAACAGGAAGCUGGGGUGGCUACAACAAAAUAAACCCUUAAGUCAUUUAUUGCUCUUAAUUGUUGUUAUAAAGUUGAAGUUCAAGUAAGUAGUCACGUAAUUUGUUGGGGAGGCAUCAUGGCCACUUGGGAUCUAUGUCUUGUAUCAGAAUAUUGAUUCAAAUUCAGCCACUCUGCUUCGGAUCCAUCGUCCUGCUGACGUGAGCUUGGGGGCAGACGGUCACAGGUCAGGCGUCUGGGGCGCUGAAUCCCAGGGUUUGGGUUUAGUCUGGCCCCACCCUGGGUAUGGCAGGGUGGCAACAAACCAGGAGAUGGAUGGCCUCUUUCUGUUCCUCCCUCUUUGUUCUGCUUAAUUUCUAAAUAACCUAGAUUAAAAACAAAAUAGAAAGUAAGUUCCUAAGCAGUUAACAAUGAACCUGCGGAAGGAGAUCACUGGCUGGCAGUGGGUAGACUGGGAAUGGUUUGGCUCUGUGCCCUGUAUGGAAUAAAUGAUUAAAGCCUUGUUAGAGGAAAUAAGGCAUAGACUAGUGUCAAAGUGCAGUUCUUACAUCACAGUCAACAAGAGCAUGUUUCAAAUACAUACAUGUUUGAAUAUCCCUUGAUAUCUGUGAUUUGAUCCCUGAGAGUGAAACUCUGCAAUCUCCAUUUUUAAUACAUAUCUGAGAUGAUUUUAUACAAGUUAAUAAGUGCUUAUUAGAACCUAUUCUGUACUUUUGGGCCUUGUGUGCUGUAUCAGAAACCCACCUUCCAUCUCAGGUAUUCCUGAAUUACACAUAUGUAAUGCAAACAUAAAAAGACUUAGCAUCUGACCCUAGCAGAUGUUUUAAAAGGCUUAAGAUAAUUGCUAAGGUCUUAGACCAAGCUACAGAAGCCUGAUGGAGGGACAGAAAUGUUAGUGUAGUGGUUGUAACAGCCACCCCUCGGUGCGGCCAAGCCUCCUAUCAAGUGCUUGAGAUCCAGUCCUAUUUCCACUUCACGUCGUCUGACUUGCUGCUGUCGCACACACUAGCCGGCCUCAGGUCACCACCCAAGUAGCUGAGUUCCUGUCACCCACAUGGGUGACCUCAGUGGAGUUCCUGGCUCCUGGUUUUGCCCUGACUCAGCCCUGUCCCUUGUAGCCAUUUAGGGAAUAAACCUGUCGAUGGAAGGUGGCAAGUCUCUGGCUGUCUCUUUCUCUCUCCAAAUAAAUAAAAGUAAAGAAGAAAGAAUAGCAUCCCCUUGGGAAAGUGAAGGCAAGCUGAUACAGGGUGUUUACAGUGGAAAUAAGACCCAGCAGGCUUCCUGGUUCAAAAUCUUCACCCAUUCUUCAGAAAAAAAAAAAAUUGCUUUAGAGGUAGUCAUUUCUUUUUCUUUCUUUUUUUUUUUUUAAAUGCCCACUGAGAGAGCUUUUACUUAUGAUUGUCAAAUAGUUUGAUUGCUUUUCAUUUAGCUAAGAGAGGUGAUUCAAAAAGAGAUUUUGAGUAAAGUAUUUGAAAUUUGGAAUCUGGUCUUUGGGUAGAAAGUACCUUGGGUGGGGAUAUGAUCUUUCUUUUUGGAAAGCCAUUGCUUAGUGUAAGGGCAUUGACUUAGGAAGAAAAUCGGGAGAAAAGGUUUAAAUUUUAAAUGGGAAAAAAAACCCGCUUCAAACUAAUCUUUAACAUGCUUAAGAGGGUGGUGGUGAUACCUGUAUGGGACCCUUAUGGUGACAAAUAGGACCCUCAAAUCCUGUCACAUCUGUCAUGUGAGGAGUGGAUCUUUAAAAAACAAACCAAAAAAAACCAAAUUUAGGGUGAAUAUAGUUGCACUAAAUAUUGGCUACCAUAUUCGUACAUUCUGUGGUUAGAAAGAGAGCUGUUGAAUGCCUGACUCUAAAUCUGAAUGCCAAGGAUUCGUUUCUGUUUGAGGAGCCCAUUGUCUUUUUUGGGUAAAAACAAUGGACCAUCUCUUUGUUCUGUGACCUGUGAAAUAUGCUGUUGAUGUUUAGAUGUAAAUGUUGAGAAUGCAAGAUAGAUAUACUUCAGAAUUUCUUCUUUGGAAGGUAAAUAUUUUCAUGAGGAUGGCUUACUUUGAAACUUUCUUUGUAAUGGAAGUUUUUUCUUGUAUUGUCUCACUAUCUUAGGGAUUAAUAAAGAGGAACAAACUUACAUUUCAGAUCCUGUACUCAGUUGUUGGGUGAGAGAUGGUGGUGAAGUUAACCUGAAACUAAAUCCUAGUUUUAUUUUAUGCAAAGUGAAUAUUCAUAUCUAAGUGGAUACCUAACAGAUUGAUUGAAUGAAUGAAUAACAAUGAAUACCUUAUAAUAUCUAACAGAUUAUCUGAUUUAAAGCUGAUACUUGGUAGUCAGUAAGUAGUGACCAGGUCAUGUUUUUAUUUAUUUUUAAUUUAUCAUUGUAUAUUUGAAAGGAGGAGAGAGAAAAAGAGAGGCAGGCAGGUGGGCACACACUGCUGUCUGCUGGCACACUCAGUUCUGGCAAUGGACAGGACUGAGCUGGGCUGAAGGCGCGAGGUGGGAACUCACUCCUGGUUUCCCAAGUGUGUGGCACAGACCAUCUUCGGACUCGGCAUCUGCUGCUGCUUCCCAGGGUGUAUGGAGAAGCAAGCCGGAACCGAGACUCCUAAGUGGGACGAAGGUGUCCUAACUGGCAUCUGAACUCAAAAGCAAGUGUGCGUCCUAAGGGUGGCUUUUUAAUACCUUAUCAUGCGUUAAUGUUAGAUGUGUCUGAGAAUGCUGUAUAAUUUUAAAUGAUACCAUGCUCUGGAGUGUUACGUAAAACCCCAGUAAAGGCCACGGCCGUGCCUGUACUUUGUUCCAAUGUUUGUGAGUGCAGUACAGUGGGAACGGUAAGUAGCUGUAAAGCAGGUCAGAUUUUGCUGCUGAUUGUAUCGGGUCAGGUCAGGUCCUGCCACCAGAUGAGUCAGUCUUUACCCAGUGGUUUGGAUUUGUGGGUAGAUGGUCCUUUUACCUUUUCCAUAUUUUAAACUUGAGCAGGAUUAUAUUAUCCCAGGGGUAGAGUUCUAGCGGCUUAAUUGGUUAUCUCAUUUUCCCAAGCUUUGCUGGAUGUUUGAUUCUGUUCUUUUCCUCUGAGAGUGAGGAGUAUUUGAUGAAAGUUUGUACGUUACAGUAUGCUUUAACCUUCUUAGGAAGACUACCUGUAUCUAGUACGUCAGCGUUGUGUGCCUGUUACUAGGUUAUCUUCAAAAAUCUUGAAAGUCUGUGUCUAUAAUGAAAAAAGGUGGCGUUGCUGUAUUCCUCCCAAGGAAUGCUGAAGGGAGAUGUUCAUCUCCUCACGUGGGUAUGGAGAAUUUUCUGUGUCGUUUUGCAGUGUUGCUGUGUGACUGACACGUCUUUUAUCCUCUGUAUUACUGUGGUAGCAUGAUAAAAAACAUUUGGAGUCUGCGCCUCGGAGUAAUUCAGAGCGUGGGUUAUUUCCUUAUCAGACUAUGAGCUCCUUGAAAGAAGGAAUCGUGUCUUACUUAUCUUUGUAUGCCCAGAGUCUACCACAGUUCCUGAUAAACAGUUUAUGCUGAAUUUUGGAACAUGGCCACUGCUUCCCCAAGGUCUGAUAGUACUAGUAACCACAGUGGAAGGUUGCAGUUACAGGUAACUGUUUCUAGUGCCAAACUAAAAAGAAAAAAGAACUGGUUUGGAACAGCAAUAUACACUGAAGUAGUUGUAGAUGGAGAAAGUAAGAAAACAGCAAAAUCCAGUAGUUCUUCUAAUCCUAAGUGGGAUGAACAGCUAAAUGUAAAUGUGACCCCACAAACUACAUUGGAAUUUCGGGUUUGGAGUCAUCACACUUUAAAGGCAGAUGCUUUAUUAGGAAGAGCAACGAUAGAUUUGAAACAGGCUCUGUUAAUACACAAUAGAAAAUUGGAAAGAGUGAAAGAACAAUUAAAACUUUCCUUGGAAAACAAGAAUGGCGUAGUGCAAACUGGUGAAUUGACAAUUGUGCUUGAUGGAUUGGUGGUUGAGCAGGAAAACCUAGCAAACUGCAGCUCAUCUCCAACUUUAGAAAUACGGCAAAAUGGUGAUGCCUUACAUGAAAAUGGAGAGUCUGCAGCAAGGACAACUACCAGGUUGGCUGCUGAAGGUACUCCUGGAAUAGAUAAUCACGUAGCUGCGGAUGCUGCAGGCCAGGACUCUUGCUGUUCGUGUGUGGUUAAUGGAGACGACACACCUUCUCCUCCAUCUCAGGUUUCUGCCAGACCCAAAAAUAUACCAGCUCCAAAACCACUCAUGCCUGAGCAUGCCAAUGACGCUGUGAAUGGAGAGCCCUCCUCGUCGUCAGCAGCGGAUCCUGCUCCCGCCGGUGCUGCUCCUGGGGCCACCGAGGAAGCCGCUUUGCCUGCAGACUGCACGGGCACGGCUGUCCAAGAUCCUCCCGCGCAAGAGUCACGGCCUUCCUUGGAAAACAGUGACUGUGUGGCCUCUGCCAGCGCACAGCCGGGAACUGAAGCUAGAAGCGUGGGGGAUCCUGAUCAUCCUGACGCUGCAAGUAGCUCUGCUUUUGACAAAUCAAGGCAGCCAGAGGGCUGCGCGGAGUCUGCACGGCAACAGUCUGGAAAUGCCAGCGCAGAAACUUUGCCAUCUGGGUGGGAGCAGAGGAAAGAUCCUCACGGGAGAACCUAUUAUGUGGAUCAUAACACUCGAACUACCACGUGGGAGAGACCACAGCCUUUACCUCCAGGUUGGGAAAGAAGAGUUGAUGACCGUGGGAGAGUUUAUUACGUGGACCACAACACCAGGACCACCACGUGGCAGCGGCCGACCAUGGAGUCGGUGCGGAAUUUUGAGCAGUGGCAGUCCCAGCGGAACCAGCUGCAGGGAGCCAUGCAGCAGUUCAACCAGCGGUACCUCUACUCGGCUUCCAUGUUAACUGCAGAAAAUGACCCAUAUGGACCCUUGCCACCAGGCUGGGAAAAAAGAGUGGAUUCAACAGACCGGGUCUACUUUGUGAACCAUAACACGAAAACAACCCAGUGGGAAGAUCCGAGAACUCAAGGCUUGCAGAAUGAAGAACCAUUGCCUGAAGGCUGGGAAAUUAGGUAUACUCGGGAAGGUGUUAGGUACUUUGUUGAUCAUAACACAAGAACAACAACUUUCAAAGAUCCUCGCAAUGGGAAGUCCUCUGUAACUAAAGGCGGUCCACAGAUAGCUUAUGAACGCAGCUUUCGGUGGAAACUUGCUCACUUCCGUUACUUGUGCCAGUCUAAUGCACUACCUAGUCAUGUUAAGAUCAAUGUGUCCCGGCAGACAUUGUUUGAAGAUUCCUUCCAACAGAUCAUGGCAUUAAAGCCCUAUGACCUGAGGAGGCGAUUGUAUGUAAUAUUUAGAGGAGAAGAAGGACUAGAUUAUGGUGGCCUCGCAAGAGAGUGGUUUUUCUUGCUUUCACAUGAAGUUUUGAAUCCAAUGUAUUGCCUGUUUGAGUAUGCGGGCAAGAACAACUACUGCUUGCAGAUAAAUCCAGCAUCAACCAUUAAUCCCGAUCAUCUUUCGUACUUCUGUUUCAUUGGUCGCUUUAUUGCAAUGGCAUUAUUUCAUGGAAAAUUUAUUGAUACUGGCUUUUCUUUACCAUUCUACAAGCGUAUGUUAAGUAAAAAAUUGACUAUUAAGGAUUUGGAAUCUAUUGAUACUGAAUUUUAUAACUCCCUUAUCUGGAUAAGAGACAACAAUAUUGAAGAAUGUGGUUUAGAAAUGUAUUUUUCUGUUGACAUGGAAAUUUUGGGAAAAGUUACUUCACACGACCUCAAGUUGGGAGGCUCCAAUAUUCUAGUGACUGAGGAGAACAAAGAUGAAUACAUUGGUUUAAUGACGGAAUGGCGAUUUUCUCGAGGAGUACAAGAACAGACCAAAGCCUUCCUGGAUGGUUUUAAUGAAGUUGUUCCCCUUCAGUGGCUACAGUACUUUGAUGAAAAGGAAUUGGAGGUCAUGUUGUGUGGCAUGCAAGAGGUUGACUUGGCAGACUGGCAGAGAAAUACUGUUUAUCGACAUUAUACAAGAAACAGCAAGCAAAUCAUUUGGUUUUGGCAGUUUGUGAAAGAGACAGACAAUGAAGUAAGAAUGCGACUACUGCAGUUUGUCACUGGAACCUGCCGCUUACCUCUGGGAGGAUUUGCUGAGCUCAUGGGAAGUAACGGGCCUCAAAAAUUUUGCAUUGAAAAAGUGGGCAAAGACACCUGGUUACCAAGAAGCCAUACAUGUUUUAAUCGCCUGGAUCUCCCACCAUAUAAGAGUUACGAACAACUAAAGGAAAAGCUACUUUUUGCAAUAGAAGAAACAGAGGGAUUUGGACAAGAAUGAAUGUGGCUGCUUGGAGGAGCUCUUGCAUUGACGUGCCGCACCCAAGAAGACUUGCACAGAUAGUAUAUAUAAGCUGUUCAUUCUGUACAGUUUUCUGAACCUCUCAAACGUAUAAAUGUUUUCCGUUCUUCCACAGAAAUAUGCAAAAUCAUUCAUCUUUUUCUACUUUAUUUAUUGUUCCCUUGAAAUGACUGACCAGGAAAAAGAUCAUCCUUAAAUUUUGAAGCAAGAGACUUUAUUAAAAACUAAGAGGUAUAUAUCUAUAAGCAUAUAUGAUAGUGGCUCUAGUUUUAUAGAGCUCUAAGUGUAUUAAACAUGACAGCUGUCCUUCAAAAAGAUCUGGAUUUGCUUUCCCUUUAUUAUCCAGGGGAAAAAAUGCAAAAAUGCUCUAUGCUCACGAAACAGCUCCCGAGGGCAUUCAGCUGCAUGGCUGUUCAGGAAGGUAUUAAGGGCUUAAGCCAAAUCUUACUUUGAGUAUAUUUAAAAAAAAAAAAAAAUGCUGCUGGCUUUUCUGAAGACAGGUGCUUGAACCUGUCAAUUUGUUUCAAAUAAAUAGUUGAAAAUUUUUCCCUAUUUGCUACAUUAGUAAACAGUGAAAAUGUGAAUGGCAGCCAUACUUAUAUAAGUCACAUUAGCUCCAACACCGUUUAGUUGGUUUGAAGAGAUUAGAAAGAAUUCAUUGAUCAGAUUAGAGGCGUGUUUACAUGUCACCCGGGGGAUGUUAGGUCUUUGUGAAGUUAAAAGAAUCAGGCACUACUUUUUAAAUCUGAUGUUCUUCAAAUUCAUAGUAAAUCAACACAGUUUGAUACAUAGGAACAUAUAAAAGGUAAUAUGAACUUUUGCUGUUUGUAUGAAAAAUCCCAGUUUUAUACUACCAGAUGGAUUGAAAAGUUACACAAAUUUAAGACUAAGGAUUUUCUAUUAGUGUUUAAAUAUCUUCAUUUCUUUCAAAUUCAUUCAAAUUCUAUGUACCUGAAUUAAAUAAUCAUAGAAAAAUCUUCUGGGUUUUCUUCCCCCUUCACAAUUAUUUUCAUUCUAAGUAAAUAACACUUCUUGUUUUUCAUUUUAUUGGCAUUUGCUGAACUUCAAAGAUGUAUAACAAAUUAAAAGCUGAUGUGAAUGAUAUUAAUGCUACUUUCAGCAAAAACUGGGCUUCCUAAUGAAUGCAAAGAUUUCAAUUUCCAUUUGUAUCAUGCUUUCAAUAUGUACUGUAAAUUUCUUAAACUUUUUUUUAAACCAUGGAACUGACUUCUUAUGAAUGUGUUACCUAUUAUUAUUAUUCACUGCGAAGUGCAUACAGAAAAUACUGGUAUACAAAUUAACUUCCAUACAGUUUUUACUUUCCAGAAAUUUUAUUUUUCUACAUAAUAAUUUAGAUUGUUUCUGCCUUUUAUUCAGAAUUCACAGUAAAGGUCAGUAAAGUCA